AUGCCCAAGGAGGGCAGGAGAAAGUCCUCCAAGGACCUGGGGGCCGGAGCCAACGAGAGGGGUAAAACCGAACGAAGAGUGGCGGCCAAGUCCCCCCAGUCUUCGGAUGAAGUCGCAGAGGAAGCCGCCGAGGUCGCUCCGUCGGCUGUGAUGGAUGCUCCCCGGGUACCGCAGGUCACCAUCACCCCGGAGGACGGCGGCUCCUCCCGGGAGAUCCAGCAGGAGGACUGGGACGAUGCGGUGGAGUGCUCCCUGCGCAGAAAGCUGUCCAGCUCCUCCAUCUCCUCCACGGGCUCCUCUGCCGUGGAGUCCGAGGACGACCUGCUGAGUGACAACGAGAGCCAAAGCAAAGGCAUCAUAACCCUAGAGCACCUGGUGGACCCCGGAGAGCAGAUCAAGCCCUGGUGGAAGCUGAAGACCUACGUCCGCUGGCCCCUGACUGCCACCCAGAGGAGAAAACUCAGUUGGGUUCAACUAGCUGGACACAAAGGCAACUUCAAGGCUGCUGACGAGGGCACCAUUCUGAAAAAGUUCUCCGAGAACGAGAUGGAGUGUUUUGUGAAGCUGAGAGAUGAUGCGCUGCUCCCUUUUGUGCCCGGUUACCACGGCGUGGUGGAAAAAGAUGGAGAGUCUUUUCUUCACAUGACCGACCUGCUGGCAAACUUCAACCACCCAAAUGUCAUGGACUGCAAAAUGGGAGUGAGGACUUACCUGGAGGAGGAGCUUGUGAGAGCGAGGGAGCGGCCUAAACCGAGGGAGGACCUGUACAAGAAAAUGGUGGAGGUGGACAGUAAUGGGCCCACUCCUCAGGAGCAUUCCCAACGGGGGGUCACCAAGCCUCGAUACAUGCAGUGGAGGGAGACCCUGAGCUCCACCCACACCCUGGGCUUCAGGAUAGAGGGGACCAAGAAACAUGACGGCACAUGUCGAACUAACUUCAAGAAAACCAGAUCAAAACAAGAUGUCAUCCAAGUUUUCAAGGACUUUGUGGGAGGGGAUGCCAACCUCAUAAAGUCUUAUUUGAACAAGCUGAAAGAGAUCCGGCAAGCCCUGAACGCGUCCCAUUUCUUCAGGCAGCAUGAGGUCAUCGGCAGCUCUCUCCUCUUCAUCCACGACCACACGGGCAAAGCACAAGUCUGGAUUAUUGACUUUGGCAAGACCACAGCAUUACCAGAAGGCCAGACCUUAAAACACGACGUUCCCUGGCAGGAGGGCAACCGGGAGGAUGGUUACCUGUGGGGGCUGGAAAACCUCUUCUGCACACUGGAGUCUGCGAGCAACGAGAACGAGGUCACCGGCGACAAGACCUGUUGCCCAGUUCCCAAAGAAAACAGCCAGACCACUGACACACAUGGGUAG